CACGGCACAACCCUUUCCUGACGUCACCUGAUAAGGCAGUUUUCACUUCCUGACAGGGAGGUCACAAAAGACUUCACCGGAGUCUCUUUUCCGAGGUGUACGCACUCUACACUAUCUGGAGGAAACAGAGGAGCUGUGUUGAAAGAUCAUCUGUCCAUCAAGUUAACAAAUCCCUACAGCUUCCUGUUUCAAUCAUGUGUGAUCUCAGUCAAGAUGGUGUUUGGGAGUCGGACAAUGCGCCCGAUUUUUCCUCGUUGACAAGACGCAUAGACUCAUUCCGUGGCUCCAACCUUGCUAACAAGGUGCCUGCGGAAACACUGGCACAGGCUGGUUUCUUCUACACUGGCGAGUCUGACCGUGUCCGCUGUUUCAGCUGUAAUAUGACUGUGGAUAAUUGGUACAGUGGAGACAGGCCUGUAGACAAGCACAAGCAGUUUUCUCCAUCAUGCACAUUUCUCACCUGCGUCCACCGUACCAGUUUUAACCAGAAUUCCAAUACUGCACUAAUCAGUGAAGAAGUAGGAGACGUGGAAUAUCGUUUGAGAACAGGAGAAGUGGUUGAUGAGGCCCCCUACCCUAUAGUUCCUCACAUGAGAAAUGAAGAAGCCCGACUUCGGACCUUCUCUUCUUGGCCCAACCGUACUCCGGUGAGACCCAGAGAUCUGGCCCAAGCCGGCUUCUUUUACGUGGGGCAGAGUGACAAGGUUCAGUGUUUCUGCUGUGGUGGUCGGCUGAAUGGGUGGGAACCAGGAGAUUCUGCCUGGAGUGAGCACAGCAAGCAUUAUCCCAACUGCUACUUUAUCCUUGGGCAUGAUGUCGGGAACAUCCCAAUCCAGACAGGUAUAGAGGAGGAUGCCAGCAACAAUCGGCGUGCAAUUGACCCGGCCUUAAUGCAGAAUUUUGAGGCAAGGCGUGCUACUUUUGCUGGUGUCCGGCACCCUAUUGACCACGAGAGGCUUGCCAGAGCUGGCUUCUACAGCACAGGACGAGGAGACGCAGUCCUGUGUUUCCAUUGCAGUGGAGGCUUGAACAAUUGGCAGCCUGAGGAAGACCCUUGGGUGGAGCAUGCCAAACACUACCCAGGGUGCAGCUUCCUUUUGGCAAACAAAGGGCCAGAAUUUGUCAACAGCAUCCAGCUACAAAGACCACAACAUGACAGAGCUGCUUCAAGUCAUCAAAAUCCAGUUUCAGAAGAUAUGGAAGAUGAGGACCCACUGGAGAAACUACAGAGGCUGCAGAGGGAAAAACAGUGCAAAAUAUGCAUGGACAGAGAUAUUGCCAUUGUAUUCAUUCCAUGCGCUCACCUUGUUGCUUGUGAGAAUUGUUCACAGGCCCUCAACAAGUGUCCGAUCUGCUGUCAAGACAUAACACAGAAGAUCAAGACCUAUAUUGCUUGAGAACAAUAUACUCUUGCUCAGACGCAAUGCUGCUUUUACGCUGUCAUUAUAAUAUUGUAAUUAUAUCGUAAUUGUAAAGUAGAGAGCCUAUAAUAUUAUUUAUGGAUCAAUUUUCUUUAAUAAAUCUUAGAAUGAUAAUGUGUAAAACUAUAUUUUCCUAGUCCUUACAAUGGUAAAUAUCUGUAUAGAUGUAGAUGGUUUUAUAAAUAGUUCCUUGAGAUGUAAAUACACACUAUUUUGAAACACAUUUUGCCAGAAGUGCCUUUCUUUUGGUUUAUGUAUUCUAAUGCAUCACUUACCACAGAUAAAUUGACUUGGAUGUUAUUGCUGUCAUUUUCAUCCACUUUUAUCCUAUUUAUUCGGAUUUAACUUGUGUGUUUUAUGUAUAGAACCAGUUGCUGUGUCUUUACAUUUCUAAGCUCAAGUUUAGGGCUUGGAGUUAACCAUUGUAAUGUAAGAAUCAUUUUAUUGUUUCUUUAAUUAAGUGUGAAUAAAUAAUUAUGCAGA